UAGAUUGGCUCUUUUGACUUGUCGAACUUCCCUGCUCUUUUGAUCUGGAAUGCAAUUAUAUCUUUGCCCCACAUUGACAAUUCAAGGAAAAUGAACCUGGGAUUCUGUUAAUGUGAAUGGUAAUAAUAAUAAAGUUGAACUGGGAUGCAAUUAUAUCUUUGCCCCACAUGGAAGGUUGGGUGCAUUUCUAUCUUUGCCCCACAUGGAAGGUUGGGUGCAUUGAAAAUGAGCUAUGGCCUCCCAUAAAUGCCAGAUCUGAAAGAGGGGAAUGACAAAGAGAAAAGCCCUUCUUAGCUAUUCUGCUGGAUUCAUCUUCUCUAACAACGAAUAUAACAGCACUACUUAGAUUUUCUUUCUUCUCUGUUUUAUUUCCUCACUAUUAAGAUGGCCAAAAAUUUCUGUUCUUGCUGCGGUUUACUCUCCUCUUCGCCUCCACAAUCUUCUGGGCAAGAAGCCACUAUGAUUGAUUUUAAGACUUUUCUACAGAAAUUCAAUGAUAGAAGCCAGAUUCAUGGGCUUAUUCCGGUUUUAGAAGAGCUUAUGAAGAUUGCGUGUUGUCCAAUGCAUUCGGGAGAGGAGAGUGACGGAGGAUCUAAUUCAGCAGCAGGCUCUUAUAUCCAAGAUGGCCAAAUAAUCCUGGAGAUGCUAGAUAAACGCAUUGGCAAACGUCCUGUAAAGAAAAAUUCUAGGGAUGGUGUAAUUCCAGAGAUUGAAAAAGUUUGUAUAGAAGUACUCAAAGGCUCUGAGAAAAUUCCCACCGUAGGGAUAGCACUUUCUAUGUUGGGAUCUGUAUUGGCAAAAUUUAGUCAGAUGUCUGACAACAAGAGUGAGUGGCUUGAAGUUUUGAGAAGAAUGCUUAGUCUUGGGAAGCAAAUUCUGCAGUUGAAUGAGCAAAUUCCAGAGCAGAAGCAGAAACUAGAUGAGGGAGUCCAGUGCAUUGUUGUAGGAACCACCAUGUGCAUCUCCAAACUUGCAAGGGCCAAUGUUUUCAGGUUUCUUACCGCUACGGUGAAUGCGGAUAGUUUAAAGGCCUUUCAACUCAAAAUAGACCGCUUGUAUUACGACAUCCAAUUGUCAACUACAAUUGCAAUAGCGGAAAGAGUAAUUGACAUUGGGUACAGAGUACCAGUGAUUGCUUCACAAUCGCAGAAAAUCUAUGCAUACCAACCCAGAGUGGGAAUUGAGAGCGGACUGGAAAGUGUAAUUCAGCUUCUUGAUUUGAAUACACAAGAUGCAACACCCAUUGUUGUGGUUGUCUAUGGUUUUGGUGGGAUUGGCAAGACCACACUCGCUGAUGCCGUUUAUGCCCACCUCAACCUCCAAUCUUAUAAGCAUUGUAGAAUUCAUAUGGAUCAAGAUUGUACCAACAAUGAUCUUAAAGCUCUCCAACAGCAGAUUUUGAAUGGAUUGUUCAACAAAAACUUGCAAUUAAAAAACUGUGAUGAAGGUCGGGCAAGGUUGUGGUCAUUGUUCAAAGAGAAUCCUUAUCAGCCUUUAUUUCUAUACAUUGACAAUGGUCUCAAAAGUACAGAUCUUCAACAACUUCUUCCUCAACGUUUGGGCAAUUGCCUCCCACCGAAGAGUAGAAUACUUAUAACUACUCGAAAUCUCCUUGAAACUGACAUAUUUGUCGGCAGGCAUAUUCAACGCCGACAAUAUGAUGUGAAUCCUCUUCCAGAGACGGAGGCUAGAAAACUUUUGUUGGACAAAGUUUCGGACUCCUUCCUUAAGUUUCGGAAUUAGCUGGUUCACAAUUGGCUCUAAACAGGGGAAAUACAAAGAAUAUAGUGUUAGAGAUGCUUAAACAAGGAGAGAAGGUCAAAGAGAAAGAUAUAAGCGACCGUAUGGUUGGUUUUGUAUAUGACAGAUUGUUAGAACCUGUUCAAGAGGCCUUUCUACAUAUCACAUCCUUCUUUUAUAAAAAUUAUUGGACAAGUAAAGAAGUGGAGAGCAUAGUUGGAGAGGAGGAAUUCAGAGGUCUAGAAGCUGCAUCAUUCGUCAAGACAGAUGAACACGGUUCUGUGAUUGUUCAUGACAUAGUUCGAGCAAGAGGGAAAAAACUGUCAGAGCAAGAAGGAAACAGAAUCACAGACCCUGAGACUUUAUUGGAGUGUUUAAAAAAUGAAGAG